AUGCCCGACCCCUCCCUCCCCUCUGCCAAGUCGGUCAUCCAUGUCGACACGAGAGGCGCGGUGAUCCUGACGGAAGAAAGCCCGGAGACGCGCGAUAGCCGGGGGAUAUACCUCCCCAAUCACGUCGAGCCCGUGUCGCACAUAGCAGUCGAUGUCGGCGGAUCGCUCGCCAAGGUCGUGUACUUUACCCGCUCGCCGGAUCCGCCCCCCUCCCCCCAGUCCGCGGCAGCGACGCAGGGGUCGACGACGCCGGGGGAUAUCUCAGACAUCGCGACGCCCGUGAACGCCACCCCGCCCCGCACACCCUCGCCCCAUGACGACUCGUCCCCCGCGUCCUCCAGCAUGCUCCCCCGCAACGGCGCGCUCACCCCCCUCGCGCUCGACCCCGCGCACGACGCGGAGGAGCUCGACAGCCUCGGCGCGCUCCUCCGCCGCCGCGCGGCGACCACGCAGCACUUCCCCGGCGGCUCGCUCAACUUCGUGCGCUUCGAGACGUCGAACAUCGGCGCGUGCGUCGAGUACCUGCAGGCGCUCAUCUCGCACUCCGCGGAGCUCAACCGCGUGCCCAUCGCGCAGAUGCGCGCGAGCGUGAAGAUCAUGGCCACGGGCGGCGGCGCGCACAAGUUCUACGAGGUCUUCCGGCACGCGCUCGGCGUCGAGGUGCGCAAGGAGGACGAGAUGGAGUGCCUCAUCGAGGGGCUCAAGUUUAUCACGAUGAUCCCGGACGAGGUGUACUACUUCUCGGACGAGGUCAUCCGGCAUGGGAUGGCGGCGCAUAUGGCGGGGCCGCCACCGCCGGGCGAGCUGGAGAGACCGAGUCCGAACCCGCCAGAGUAUGCGGUCACUUUUGCGCAUCAGCCGACGCCACAGUUGCCGUGUUUGCUCGUCAACAUCGGUUCUGGUGUAUCUAUCAUCAAGGUUGAUGAGGAUGGCAAAUUCGAGCGUGUCAGUGGGACUAGCUUGGGUGGUGGAACGCUAUGGGGUCUACUCAGCUUGUUGACACCCGCGACAACCUUCGAUGAAAUGUUGGCCUUCUCGCAAAAGGGUGAUAACGCCUCGGUCGAUAUGCUCGUCGGAGACAUCUAUGGUCAAGAUUACUCUCGGUUGGGCCUCAAGUCAACGACGAUCGCGAGUUCGUUCGGAAAGGUUUUCAAGCACGGAGGCGUCGACAAGGGCAAGUUUAAGCCCGAAGACAUCAGCAAGAGUCUCCUGUAUGCCGUGUCGAAUAACAUUGGGCAGAUUGCAUAUAUGAAUGCGGAAAAGUAUAACUUGGAUCGUAUAUACUUCGGUGGUUGCUUCAUUCGAGGUCACGCCGCUACGAUCGCGACACUGUCGUACGCUAUACGAUUCUGGAGCAAGGGCACCAAGCGCGCAUACUUCUUGCGACAUGAAGGCUUCCUAGGUUCAAUUGGGGCGUGGAUCAAGAACAUAUCUAGCGAGGAGCAAGAGCAGUAGAGGAUUCAAUCACUUGUAUCAUACAGGACAUCUUGGAUAUCCUACCUAUACCUUACUCACAUUGUAGUUGCCUACCUAAUGCGACCAUAGCCGUCUAUUUGCGACGCCGCGCUAUGCUACUAGUAUCAUGCGUGAUCGAUGCCAUGCCUUGAGUGAGGAUAGCCGGUAUGCAGCGGCUAGUAGCACUCGACUUCUACCUCAGCUGUCAUCUGAGUACUGACGUGGCACAACAGUCACUGAUGCAUACGAACCGCAGUUCGGUCGCGGCGGCUGCUUCCAGGCGAUUCUGUGAAUGCAGCGGCCUCACGGCCGUGUCUCAGGAAACCAUUACCCCUGUGGCCGGUUGGGGUCAUAAUGGAAUGAUCAUGGCCGGCAGCAACCGGCAGGGAAACAAUGUAGACCCGUGGAGACGAGGGCGCUUAGCAAGGUGCUUUUCGUCGUGCUCAAUGUCGUCGGUGCUGCCGCCGCCGACCAU